AUAGAGAUGGCGGGAGAGGUUAAAUGGUACCAGCACCCCGCCGAAUUCGAAGAAUCCUGUGGUGUUCGUUGAUGUGAAAUUUGGCGGGCUAAAGAUAAAGAUGGCGCCGUUUGAUGACGUAGUUCCCAAGACGGCUGAAAACUUCAGCUGCUUCUCCCUCAUUGCGCAAGUGUGCUUCCUCGUUAAGCCACUUGCAUUAAGGGUGGACAAUACAUGAAGCUGUGCUCCGCCAGUGUUUUGUUGGUGUUGAUCGGUAUCCAAGAGCUACUUUGUAACCAGAAGGGAUCAGCAUCAACACAGUCCUCGUCAUUGGGCUUCCGGCCUUCUGCUCCGUCUGGGUUUGAUAAGGCCAUUGACUUCGUUGUACGCAUGCAACGAUGCUCUCAGAGUCAUGGCCCUCCCGCUUGUGCCUUCUGUUCGGUACCGUCGUCACCAUCUGAAAUCAGUUGGGCUCACGUCCCAGGUUCAAACUCUGCGUUCUGCAAUGUAAGGGCAGACAGGGAAAGCCAUUCGCCGAUUUUGCCCUAUACAGGUGGAAACUAGGAAACAGAGUACGCUUCUGGGAAGAGGAUGGCCUCAUGUAUGUUAAAUCGAGGCUGGAGCCUAUCCCUCCGUUGCUCAAAGCUUUUGCAAAGCACAUCAUACAGCAGACGUUCCAUUCAGAGAACCAAGCACAUCGACAGCCGCAGACUUCCAAAACCAUCUGGAUGCGCUCAAAGGCUUGUGCUGUUUGGCUCCAGCAGUGUUCACUGUCGCCCUGCAGAGUCGUCUGGAGCUGUACUGCAACAAAGGUGCAAGCCAGCUUCCAACUUGUCUGUCGAUUGUUGCCAUGCAUCUGGUCGAUAUAAAGGGUUGCCAUUUGUGUGCUGGGCACAGCCUGCUUUGGUUGGGAAACAGAGGACGGCUUCCCUGACUUGGGAUGCCGGUUUCAUUUCGGGACCACUACUUUCCAGUCUCGAUGUUUGCCGAUUUUCUAGCAAGCUCCCGUCUCCGCAGAAAGGAUAUCACCUCUGCCCAUCCGCAAAGCGUACGGUCCCCUCUCCUCCGAGAGGAAGCCUGCUGUUGAAGCAAACUCCUUGCCUCGGUUGUGCACCGAGGCUCAGACCAGGAUUCAAGUUCCGGGUCCACAGGGUUAGGCUCAAUUUUGCCCAUCAGAACAAUGCGCAGCUUAGGAAAUCUGCUGCGGGGUCUUGUUUAGUUGCAGUUCCAAUGCCAGCAGCACCCAAAAUGACCGCCCGGGCAGCAGCUCAUCUGGGUACUGGGGAGGGGGGUGGUAGUGCUGGCACCGCCUUUGCUGUCGCGGAGACUGGGCAUGAUCAGGUCGCUGAGGUGCAGGAGGACACCGUCCUGUUGGACUGUGCUACGGAUAUAGCGUUAGGAAAGGAGCAUCGGCUGGAACCGAACUGCUCAUUGGCGGGGAGUAAAUUUGCAGCGAAAAAUAAUGGGCUUGUCGAAAUUUCUCUGCCACAAGCAGGGUUUGAACCGAAAUUGAACGAGGCCGCAGCCCCUAACUCACUUGCAGCAAAGCUCAGUGUUGCGCCAAUGAUGGAAUGGACCGACAAUCAUUAUCGUGAAAUGGCAAGAAUGAUUUCCCAGAAGACGUGGCUUUACACAGAGAUGGUUGUUGAUGCAACCGUCAUCCACAGGCAAGACGAUCUGGAUCGCUUUCUGGCAUACCCUAAGGGUCAAAAGCCCAUUGUACUUCAGCUAGGUGGGAGUGAUCCAGCCAUGCUAGCUCAGGCGGCAACAUUAGCUGAGGCUUACGGUUACGAUGAAAUCAACCUUAACUGUGGCUGCCCAAGCACAAAGGUUGCCGGGCACGGUUGUUUUGGCGCAAGGUUGAUGUUGACACCGGAUGUUGUGGGUGAUGCAGUUGCAGCUAUGUCGAAAGCGUGCAGUGUUCCCAUCACAGUGAAAUGCCGCAUUGGAGUAGAUAACAAUGACAGCUUUGAGGAGCUGUGCACUUUUGUGGAAAGCGUCUCAACACGAGCGCCCAUCAAACACUUCAUCAUACAUGCGCGCAAGGCACUUCUCAAGGGACUCACCCCUUCUCAGAAUCGAUCUGUCCCUCCGUUGAAGUACGACUACGUGUUUGGUUUGAUCAAAGCGUUCCCGUCCCUUCAUUUCACAAUCAAUGGAGGGAUCCUGACAUGUCAAGAGGCGAGAAAGAUGCUAGAGCUUGGUGUCCACGGGGUCAUGAUCGGCAGAGCUGCUUACAAUCAUCCAUGGUUGGUUCUAGGCGAUGCAGACCGCUGCAUUUUCGGAGUCGAUAACCCAGGUGUUACCAGAAGGAAGGUGUUGGAACGGUAUACAGAGUACGCCGAGUCGGCGAUCGGCACCCAGAGUCCCAACUAUCCGAGUGUGCGGUCCCUUAUACGCCCAGUGCAGAACCUAUUUCAUGCUGAGAAAGGUGCUGCAAGAUGGAGGCGAGCUAUCGAGGAGGGCUUGACAGCAAGGCUUGGCUUCAGAGAGCUGGUGCAGCGCGCGUCCAUGGAGCUUGCUGACAAAGUUCUUGAUUCCCCGCCACCUCCAUUUGACGCAGAGGAGGAGGAGAAGGAGGAAGAGUCAGACAAGGAAAAUGAGUUUUAAAGUGGAACCAUGCCCUUCCCUCUUCUUUUCGUGCCACAGGCGAGCCCAUCGCAGCUUUGCCGACAGCUUCAAAGUUUGCGGAAUGCAAAUAUCCCUCUUUUUAGUUCUUCUUUUUCUUCUUUUUUAUUUAAUGCGCAGGGGCCAUGCUAAUCUACUCUGUAUCGUUCCAAUUUUAACGGAUGUUCCAGAUUUCCAUGUGAGAUGAUUACUAGUGCUAGCGGUGCCUGCUCUUACCAGCACCACUAACACCUGGCGGGGGAAUUAAAAAAAAAAAAAAAAAAGCUGCCCCACGUGCAAGCCUUCCUCUCGAGAACUUCAUAGGGCUUUGGAUGGCCCAGGUUCCAAGUCCGUCACACCCGGCUGCUGCUGAGCCGAGUCUUUGUUGCACUGUCCAGAUUGCAUGGAGUACUGCUGCUAUGUACUGUGCUCGGGCUAUAUACAUAGUCAAACAGAGCUGCCCGGUAAACCGUGGGCAGAGAGGGAGAAGAGGACAACAAACGAGGGGCUGUGACAAACUGUUUCGUCGGAGUUUCACCGACUCAUCAGGAGGCUAAACCCGGCUCUAUAACUGUCUGUUUUCUAGUAGUUGGAUCACCAAGUUUUUGAAAUAUUCCAAAUUCAAUUUGAGAAUCAAUAUCAGGAUCAAUA